AGUUUAAUCGUCUUGAACCAGUUGGGAUGAAUGGGUAGGUGCUGAUCGGCUAAUUAAGCCUACCCAGGAGAAUGCCAAAAAGCAAGACAAAAAACACAGUGUACAGAAAAGUGCCAGAUCAGGGAGCUCAGCUCAAGCUAAACCUAAAAAAUCAACAGACCUGCGAGUUGAUAAAGAGGACAUGAAGUGCAAUGUUGCAAAGGGGAAAAAACGCAAGGCUGACUCUGGAACUGAGGUUUGCUUCAUUUGGUGACUGCAUUUAGUGUUGAAAAAAUAUUCUCCCACCAUAUUUUUAAUGUGGUUUUGAAUCACGUCUGUUUUUUUACAUGCUUGUAAAUUGCCAUUGUGUAGUAUGUUGUCUCUCUACUGGAAUGUUUUGAUUGUUGCUUCUAAUUGUUAUGAUCUUGGUAUGAUUAUCUUGCUCUUACUUAGUUAGUGCAUACAUUCUCCCAUUCACCUUUUGUGCUCUAUUGCUAUGAUGCACGGAAACUCUUUGGUGGUCACAUUUGGGGGUUUUAAAGCCUUUGGAAACUCUAUAACUCUAGAGACAUACUCCCUCCAUUUCUCAAAACGGUUCUUCUUUUGACUUUGGGGAAAAAUAAGGAAGUGUUAAAUUGUAGUUGACUUUCCAAUUUUGCCCUUGAUGUGAUGGGUAAAAGUAAGAUGUGAUAGUUUAGUUGUUAGUGAAAAAGUAUGAUGUGAUAGGUAGGGUAUGAAAAAGUAGGGGUAAAAGUGGUUUUUUAAUAGAAAAGGGAAGUGUUUUAAGAAAAACAAAAAAAUGAAAGAGGAAGGGUUUUAAGAAACGGAGGGAGUAUUUCAGUAGCCAGAUUGUAUUUUAUUUUAAAAUUUACAAAUAAUGAAAGUGUUUCUUGAAUAUGACUUAUUCAAUUUUUUAAUCUUGUGCUUAUCGACGACACGCGUGAGGGACUAAACGAUAAGUUGGAAUUAUGGCGCCUUGCCCUUGAGACCAAAGGAUUCAGAAUAAGUAGGAACAAGACUGAAUACAUGGAAUGUCGUUUCAGUGGCCGGGAUACAGAAUCAGAGGUGGAAGUCAAGAUUGACUCUCACCUAGUACCUAAGGUAGACAGGUUUCGUUAUCUUGGCUCAGUAAUUCAGGCGGAUGGGGAGUUAGAUGCGGAUGUUGGACAUCGGGUUGGAGUGGCUUGGGCCAAAUGGCGGUUAGCUUCAGGGGUGUUGUGUGAUCCGAAGAUUUCGCCUAGAAUGAAAGGUAAGUUCUAUCGAUCCGUAGUCAGACCUGCUAUGUUAUAUGGGGCAGAGUGUUGGGCGGUUAAGAAGACUCAUGUGCGUCGUCUGCAUGCGGCGGAGAUGCGGAUGUUACGAUGGAUGUGCGGGAAGACAAGGUUGGAUAGGAUUUCGAAUGAGGUUAUCCGACGUCAAGUAGGUAUGGCACCGGUGGAAGACAAGUUGCGGGAAGCGAGGUUGAGGUGGCUUGGCCAUGUGAGACGGCGGGAUGCUGACGCCCCUGUACGGAGAUGUGAGAGGAUUACAGUUAUUGGGGGAAGUAGGGGAAGGGGUAGACCUAAGAAGAAUUGGGAGGAGGUGAUAAGACAGGAUUUAGGACUUCUUGACCUGACUGAGGAUAUGGCCCUAGAUAGGAACCUUUGGAGAACUAGGAUUAGAGUAGCUGGAUAGGAGCUCGGUGUUGUAGAGGUGGAGCCGGGGGUCUCUUGGAAACAGCCUCCCUACUUCCGAGUAGGGGCAAGGUCUGCGUACACACACCCUCCCCAGACCCUACUGUUGUGGGAUUCAACUGGGUUGUUGUUGUUGUUGUUUUAUUAAGAGAUUUUCCGAUGGAGCCAAAAUUUCACCAUUUUUUGGCUUUGGGGUGUGAUGGAAUAAAUCAAAAUGGAUCUCUAAACUGUUUGCGCUUCUUUAAUUAAUGAAGUAGCAAUUAGUCAAGCAAUGCAACUUUCGACGUUGAGCCGGGGGUCUCUUUGGAAACAGCUUCUCUACUUUCGAGUAGGGGCAAGGCUACUCUUGUGGGAUUUAACUGGGUU